AUGAAACCACUGCAUAGGGCCUUGUUGGCUUUGUCCAUCGUGUUGGUACUUCACACUCUUUUGACCAUCGCACUCACUCCUUGUGAUCUCCUUCAACAAAAACAACAAGAAUUAUCAGAUGUUAAGAGAAGCGCAGAGGAGAGUAACAUCUUAAUGAGAGCCUUUGAUGAGAUGGGAAGAUCGGGAGCGUUUUCCUACAAGAAGGAUGAAUUGAGAGAACAAACUAUGAAUUUUGAAGCCAACUUGAAGGAAUAUAAAAGAUUGGAUAAAACAUUGCAGAUGCAAGUUGAUUCAUUGAGUGUUUUAUGUAAGAAGGAACCUGGUUUGAGUCAAGUAUCAUCAUCAAUGAAGACUGCUUCCUCAGCAUCCAAUAAUAUUAAGAUUGCUUCUACAACAACUUCAGCACCAUCCAAUACACAAUUUGUACCAACUGUUAAUACAGAAGGUCAAACAGAUAGUGAUGAUGAAGAAAAAUCAAGUACAGGAGAAGUUUCCGAAAGAGAAUAUGAUAUUGGAUUGAGAGUCGUAGAUGGAGCUUACACUGUUGGAGAAGGUUUGAGAUCUUGUAGAUUGUACAAUGCAACUGUUGCUGGCCUCAAAUCAGGCAAGUAUUGGAUCAAAAACAAGACAGAUAGAUUCAUUGCCUAUUGUGAUAUGACCACUUUGAGAGGAGGUUGGACUUUAGUCUCCUCUAGAAGUAGUAAAUUUGAACCGAUCAAUAGCGAAAAUAUAGUUUUACCAUUGAGCUUUAAGGGAGAAUCUGUCAAUAUUGAAAGAUGGGUAGGAUUGAAGGAAAUUAGCUCUAUAAUCAUGAUAACAAACGGAAAGGGUAAAUACGCAACUUUCAAUAUUGCUUCUCUUACUAUUAGUAAGGUUGGUGUCUGUAGUGGAUUAACUAAUGAUUUGUCCAAUAGAGUAAUCUUCCACAAGGAAACAGCUGGAUGUAAUUUAGUUGGAAAUGACUAUUGUUUGAUUGGUACCAACUUCCCAGGUGGUAGCACUGAAGUAGCCAACUUGUGUAAUGAUAAGAAUAUAUUUAACAAGUUUGACUUCAAACCAAAUGAGAAGAUCCAAGAAUUGGAUGUGUAUAUUAGAUAA